UUUUAUAUUAUGCAAGUUAAUUCAAAUGAAGAGUUUUAUCUCAGAUAUUAGUAUAAUUUAAUAUUUACUUUAGUGUGGGACAUAAGGGUGUUUAUGGACAUGAAUUUCUUGAAUUUGAAUUUAGAAAUGAUGGUCGAUUGAGAUAUGCAAACAACUCAAAUUAUAAAUAAGAUGUUUUAAUUAGAAAGGAAUGUUAUGUUUCAGAAGCAGUAAUAGUAGAGAUUAAACGUAUCAUUGAAGAUUCAGAAAUUAUAAAGUAUGAUAAUGCAAUAAAAAUUUCAGAGAAAAUGAUUCUAAAUGGCCUGCACCUGAUAAAAUAGGGAGAUAAGAAUUAGAAAUUAAAUUAGGAAACAAUCAUAUUUCAUUUACUACAUCUAAAUUAGGAUCAAUAUAAGAUGUACAAAAUAGCUAAGAUCCUGAUGGGUUGAGAGUGUUUUUCUACUUGGUAUAAGAUUUAAAAUGCUUUGUAUUUUCUUUAAUCAGCCUCCAUUUUAGAGUAUUAUUCUAGCUUAAUAUUAUUAGAUAAAGCCAGUCAAUUGAGC